AUGGCGGGUUUCCAGGCCCUCAACCUUCUGGAUGAGGGUCUCCAAAAAGGCCUUGCCGAAUCCAACCAAGGGAAGGGCGAGACCUUCUUUUCGGCUUGCAGCUUUUGCAAUAUGUGGUAUGGCAUUACGACGUUUGCAUGGAACUUCGUUAUGUUCCUCGGAUCGUUCACCUGCAUGGGCUUUGGUCUCGGAAUCGUGGGCAUUAUUGACGUCGUUCUCGCGUCAUUGCUCACGGUUGGAGUGGCUAAAGUGUCUUCACACCUUCCAGAGAGCUCGUUUUCCUGCACUCUCGACGAUAACGGCUCCAGCAACCCAGCCUACACUGGAGAUUUCUGCCGCAGCAUGUUCCAGGAAAAGGUUACUGUCACCAUUGUCGUGUAUGUAUACUAG